CCACAACACCGAGCCACGCACUCCACGCCGCGCGCACGCACGCCCGCCCGCCCACCGCUCACGGACAGUUUUGUAGUUACCUAGUGUAGAGUACUCCGUACGGACGGACGCUCAAUCCCACUCCCACAUCCACACUACCAACAGCCCCGCCCCGUCGAAAUGCCAAUUCCGAUUCUCGAUCCCCUUCCUCUUCCAUGUUGUAUUGUAGCAUGCGGGCUCGGACUGGCAAUCUUGCGCGCACACCCACACAGACACAGCCCGCCCGCAAAGCACAAGCUCCCCGACCUGCCCACGCACCCAGCGCUCGUUCGCGAUCCGUCCUCUCUGUGCCUCCGCCCUGUCCAAUCCAAUCCUCCGUCUUCGUACUCCCAAUUUACAACUUACGGUACCUCACUGGCUAGCUCGCCUACCAUAAGCAGCGUCCUCGCUUGCGCGCAAAAACAGAACCCCAACAGCGCAAAAAAGCGGAGAUGAGCUCGUUUCCGGCGUGCCUGCUCUGCCGUAUUAGGCAGUGCCAAGAGCGGGCGUUUUUUUGGCUUCGCCUCACUUCAGCAGUUCGUCCGCGCGCGAGCAAGCGAGUGAAGAACGAACGGGGGCUAGGUAUGUACCUACUGGGUUCGGUCGCGAAUCGCUGCGCCGAUGAUGCUUGGUGCUUGAUGCUUGAUGCCCGCUUGAUGAUGGGCGGGCGCCGGAGCGGAGCCCCAAAAAAAAAUACUGCUGCACUUUUCUGCAGCGCAGAGGGAUUGGCCCUUGGCUCUGCUCGUCGAUGGGAUGGGGGCGCCCCCACUCACCCACUCUCACUCGCACGCUCGUUCCCACGCGUUUGUGUUUGUUUCACGCGCACGGAGC